AUGUGUCUUCGAACGGUUUUAUAUGUCGCCGUGUUCCUAUCGCUGUUCCUCGGCAGUAAUUCAAUGUUUGCGCAAAGGAAGCGUCUGGAAGAUGGUCCUGACUACGCGGAGAUUGCUGGAAAUCUCUCUGCCGCUAUUGUAGAGAUGGUGCAGAGCAGCUUCAUCGGGAACCGAAUGGUGCUCACCUACAACCUCUAUGCCGUUGUUCAGCGACCGGAAAGGCGUUAUCUGUUUGAUGACAUUAUGGAAAAUGUACUGCGAUUAUCGGGUAAAGGCACCACUGUGCGCAUUGGUAUGGGCGAACCGGUACCGGGCGAUCAUGAACGUCACUAUAACGUACUACUGGUCGAUUCUGCGGCUUCUCUGAAUUCCCUUUAUUCGGAGUUCGCCAAGUAUAACCUCUACACGAAUGGUUACUUCGUUAUCGUCUUACACACCUACGACUCGGCGCACUACUAUGACGUGCUCUUCGAAAUAUUCGAGCUCAAUUGGUUUUUGGGCAUAAUCGAUGCCAAUGUCUUGGUGUAUGCGUUGACCAACUUAUCGCUGCUCUACAACAUUCACCCCUUUAAUGAGUUCCAUUGUAAAGGGUUGGCACCAACCAUAAGCAACCGCUUUACCAAUCUACAGUGGUGGCACACCAACUUCUAUCCCGACAAACUGGCGGACCUGCAUGGCUGUGCUCUGGUUUGUGCCACUUGGGAGGAAAUGCCGUACCGAAGUUUGAGGGAACAUAAUGGCAAAGUCGGUGCAUUGGCAGGCAUUGAAGGCAAACUGUUGGAAUAUUUGGCAGUGACUUUAAAUUUUACUGUGAAAUUUCGUUUGCUUAACGACUACGAGAGCUCACAUACCCUGGAUAAGAAAGGUAUGGUUUUUAAAGAGCUUAUUGCGAACGGAACGGAUUUUGUAGUUGGCGGCUUCCCAUAUAGAUCGCCAGCUAAAGACGACGUUUUCACACCCACAUUUCCUUAUUUUCUCAGUAGUUUCAACUUCAUUGUCAACUCCAACCUGGAGCCCUACUCACCGUUUGCAAAGUUAUUUCUUCCGUUUAGUAGUCACAUUUGGACUCUGCUAUUGUUCAUAUACCUCGGCGUAUUUGCGCUUCGACUGGUUUUUUAUUUGAUGGGCGUAACACCAAAUCACUUCGUAUUUGGUGCCACGAAUCACAUGCCGGGAGUAAAUAUGCUGAACGUUUGUUUGGGUGGUGGACUGCCCCCACAUCAGGUGCCACAGCGAAAUUUCGCACGCUACGUUCUAAUGCUUUGGCUAGUAAUGACAAUGUUGCUGCGCAGCUCUUAUCAGGCUUUCUUGUACAACCUGAUUAAGUCUAAUAUAGGUCGGCCGCCGCCGAAUACAAUAACGGAGUUAUUGCGUCAGAACUAUCAGCUUCUCAUGACCGAAGAUGUUUUGGCUACUAUAUACGAUCUGCCUGUGAUUUCGUCGAGCGCGCAAGUCUUGAACAUAUCACGCCUUGAAAGUUUUGAGUUGGUGCGUCGGCCAGAUCGGCGCAUUGCCAUACUGACGCCAUACGAAUUUGUGGGUUACUUCAAGCGUUACAAUAAAUCCUUUACCAAGGGCGUUCACGUGGUUGAAGAACGGGUGUUUGCACAACAGCUAAGCUUCUACAUGGCAAGCAAUUCCAUGCUUUUACAUCGCUUCAAUGGCAUCAUUUUGCAAUAUACCACUGUGGGUUUGUGGGAGAAAUGGGCUAGAGAGCUGCUGGAUAUGAGUCUCCGAAUGAGCAGUGGAUCCGAGGAACCAAUAGCAAAGGUUACUGUGCAGCAAAUGUCUGGAGCUUGGUAUGUUUGGCUAAUCGGAAAUGUGCUCAGUACUUUUGUUUUACUCAUUGAAAGUCUUUGGAAAUGGGAGUAAUCCAAAUUAGUUACUAAAUGUACCAUAAAUUCCACAUUAAAGAGAACUUUCAAA